AUGAAAUAUAUUGUCUAAUAUUUUACAAUAUUUCAGAUAAAAAGGAAUUAUUUGUUGGUGCUUCGACAGAUCUUAUUAUUCCUUGAUGAAUAGCCUUCAGAGAAUGGCCAGACCUCUCACUGUUUUAGUGGAGGGAAAUAUUGGCGCAGGAAAAACACAAUUUAUAAACCGGUUUAAUAACAUUCCUCAUCUUCAAAUACUUCAGGAACCUGUGGAUAAAUGGAGGAAUGUAAACGGGAAUAAUCUUCUACAGUUGAUGUACCAGGAUCCAUGCCGCUGGUCACUUGCAUUUCAAACCUAUGUCCAGCUAACAAUGCUAGAAAACCAUGCUGUAUCCCUGUAUCCUAUAAAGAUUAUGGAAAGAUCUAUCUAUAGCGCCAGAUACUGCUUUGUGGAAAAUCUGAAGAGAACAGGAAAAAUGCAGAGUUCUGAAUACGAGGUUCUGAAAGCCUGGUUUGAAUAUCUUAUAUCUGCUCCUGAAAUGAAUAUUGAUGCAGAUCUAAUUGUUUAUCUCAGAACUACACCGAAGGUGGCUUACGAGAGGCUAAAGUUGAGGAGCCGUGGAGAGGAGCAUUUAAUACCACUUCAAUAUAUUAAGGAUCUGCACGGACUUCACGAAGAUUGGUUACUCAACCAUUCCUUCCCUAUCCCUGCCCCUGUAGUGGUUAUUGACGCUGAUAAGGAUGCCUGUGAUUUAGAGGAGGACUUUCUUAACGUCAAGAACAUGAUUAUAAAACCAAUAUACAACCAAACCUUGAAAACUAAAUGUGUGUAGGAUAAUGGACAAUUGUUCUUGAUAAAGUUUUUUUUUUGUGGAGAAAAAAUCUCGUUUUUGUUUUGUAAUUUCAUUAAAAUGAAAGUUCACAUUUUUAUUAAAUCACUGAUGAGAUAUGUUUAAAAGUCGAUUUACUUAGAAUCUGAAUUAAUUCAGUUAAAUUCUCUUUGCAAGUCAUUCAUCAAAUGCAAAAACUUAUCGCGUCCCAAAAUCUACAGAAUUUAAUUUAUUCAAUUUACAGCGUCAACACUAAACAUCUCCUGGAAACAUUGAUCUCAAAAUCAAAUUAAAAUCAUGUUGUUGCAUUUUUUUCCGUUUUAUAAAUGUACACUAAAAACCAAAGAUUAUUUUUUCACGUUGGAUUUUGUUUCAUUCGAUUAAACACUUUGAACAGAUUUUUGUUUGUGGUAUCUCACACGACUCAGGGGAAGGUUUAAGCAAGAAAUAACAACAUUUGUUGUUGAAAAUCCAUGUUUUAAACAGAUAAAUCUGAAAAUCUUACAUUGUUAUUUUGUAAUGAUAUAUACUGUUUUUGUAAAAUUUAAAGUCGAGGAGGACCCGAUGCCCCCUAAAAACCUAAUAAUAAUUUUCUCAGUCUUCAUUUAUUGGAACUUGGAACUAAGUGCAUUGACUAAGUAUCUUCAAUACUCUUCUUUACUCAUCAAUUUAGCAUAUUAUUUUGUCGGUCCAAAAGUGUGAAUUGUGUAGUUCAGAACAGUUUAAAUAAGAAUAAAAGAUAGAUUUUGUGUUAGUGUAAAUCUUUCAAAUAUCGUAAUAUAGUGUUGUAUCUAAUUCAAUUUAAUGACAUCUCAUAAAAGUGGCUAUUAAGGAAUCAAUCAAGAUUUGUACAGCACUGCUACCAUAAACACUAAAAUAAAGGAGUGUUUAAUUGUUUUUCUAUUAAUAUUUAUUAUGACUGUUGUGUUUAGCAAUAAUCAUUGACCAACCUUUGAUUGAUUGAUAUAUCAUUGUGUGACAACAGAACAGAAUUUGUAAUAUUUCGUUAUUUAUCGAAUCAUUGAUAAAUUAUAAAAUAUACUGAACUAAAAUCCAAUAAAAACAUGCCAUAACCUCA